AUGGACCCAUACAUGAUUCAGUUGCACGACCAUGGCAACCUCCCCUCAGUGCUGGAUGUGCAUGUCAACAUCCCUGGGAGAAGCUCUGUGCCGGGAAAAAUGAAAGGCAGGAAGGCCAGAUGGUCUGUGAGGCCCUCGGACAUGUCCAACAAAACUUUCAAUCCCAUCCGGGCCAUUGUGGACAGCAUGAAGGUGAAGCCAAAUCCAAACAAGACCAUGAUUGCUCUGUCAAUUGGGGACCCUACUGUGUUUGGAAACCUGCCUACAGAUCCUGAAGUUACCCAAGCAAUAAAAGAUGCCCUUGACUCGGGGAAGUAUAACGGCUAUGCCCCCUCCACUGGCUACUUAUCGAGUCGGGAGGAGGUUGCUUCUUAUUACCGCUGUCCCGAGGCACCCCUGGAAGCUAAGGAUGUCAUUCUAACAAGUGGCUGCAGUCAGGCUAUUGAACUUUGUUUAGCUGUGCUGGCCAACCCAGGGCAAAACAUCCUAGUUCCCAGACCUGGCUUCUCUCUCUACAGGACUCUGGCUGAAUCUAUGGGAAUCGAGGUCAAACCCUACAAUUUAUUGCCAGAGAAGUUUUGGGAAAUUGACCUGAAACAACUGGAAUCUCUGAUUGAUGAAAAGACAGCUUGUCUCGUUGUCAAUAAUCCAUCAAACCCUUGUGGGUCAGUGUUCAGUAGAAGUCAUCUCCAGAAAAUUUUGGCAGUGGCUGCAAGGCAGUGUGUCCCCAUCUUAGCUGAUGAGAUCUAUGGAGACAUGGUGUUUUCAGAUUCCAAAUUUGAACCUCUAGCCACCCUCAGCAGCAACGUCCCCAUCCUGUCCUGUGGAGGGCUGGCCAAGCGCUGGCUGGUUCCUGGCUGGAGGAUGGGCUGGAUCCUCAUCCAUGACCGAAGAGAUAUUUUUGGCAAUGAGAUCCGAGAUGGGCUGGUGAAGCUGAGUCAGCGGAUCCUGGGACCCUGCACCCUUGUCCAGGGAGCUCUGAAAAGUAUCCUGCAUCGCACCCCUCAAGAGUUCUACCACAACACUCUAAGCUUCCUCAAGUCCAAUGCGGAUCUCUGCUAUGGGGCAUUGGCUGCCAUCCCUGGACUCCGGCCCAUCCGCCCUUCUGGGGCUAUGUACCUCAUGGUUGGAAUUGAGAUGGAACAUUUCCCAGAAUUUGAGAAUGAUGUGGAAUUCACUGAGCAGUUAUUUGCUGAGCAAUCCGUCCACUGCCUCCCGGCAACAUGCUUCGAGUACCCAAAUUUCUUCCGAGUGGUCAUCACAAUCCCCGAAGUGAUGAUGCUGGAGGCCUGCAGCCGGAUCCAGGAGUUCUGUGAGCAGCACCACCAUUGUGCUGAAGGGAGCCAGGAGGAGUGUGACAAAUAG